UGGAGGGAAGCUGACCUGGGGGCGGGGGGUGCUCCACGGGGGCUCAGGCUCAGGAGUGUGGCUGGAAGAAGCAGCAGCAGCGAUGGGUGCCAUCGGGAGGUGCAGCUGGAUGCUAAUGAGAGCCUGCUGGGCCUGGGCCUUGCUUUGGGGGGCGCCGGCGGCAGUGGUGGCGAGUGCAGCAGAAGACCCCGCCCAUGUCUUCUCCGAGGUGUUCUUUUGCCAGAAGGACUCCCCAUUUUCUGGCCUGGCCCAAACUUUGGACAAUGACCUGCUUUUCUGGUUCAGCUUUCCAGGGUCCAGCUGGCAUGCCCGCCUGCCUGAUUUCCAGCCUGAGCUGCACAGCCGGCCAUCUGUGGAUAACAUCAGCCGGGAAAAUAAAAACUGUGACCUUAUCCUAGACUACCUCACUCACUUUUCUGAUAUGUAUAUACUAAUGCCUGAAGCCAAAGGUGUCCCUCUGGUGGAGCUGUUCCCUCUGCAGCCCCUCCAGCUGGGCAAAUCCAACACCUUGGUCUGCUCGGUGAGCAAUAUCUUCCCGCCAUCUGCUGAGCUCACUUGGGAGCAUCUGGGGGAGCCGGUGACUGCAGGGGUGUCCACCACUCAGAUCUACCCUGUCGAGGAUCUGGGCUUCCAGAUGUUCUCCUACUUGGAGCUGAUCCCCCGGGAGGAAGAUAUCUACAGCUGCACUGUCAGGACCCCCCGGGACAAGUUCAGCAGCAUGGCCUUCUGGGUCCCCAGAGAUGCCAUUGCCUCAGACCUCCUAGUGAACAUCCUUUGCGGAGUUGCUUUCGGAGUUGGAAUUGUCUUGAUGAUCAUAGGGAUCGUCCUAAUUGUCCAGUCUCGCAAGCCCAGAAUCGCAGACUGAAUCCUCCCAUCAGCGCCAUGAAGACUGGAAGAGAAGCAACUUGACUGUCCUUCUCGGAUCACCACUGCCCCCACCACCACUAUUGGCUGACCCCGCCCCUCACUCCUCCCAGCCAGGGAUCGUUCUCUGGCUUUGCACCAAAAGAAUAUGAAUAUGACAAAUAUUUAUAUACUGCUUUUCAACAAAAGUUCCCAAAGCAGUUUACAUAGAUGUAAAUAAGUUGAUAAAAUGGCUCCCUGUCCCUAAAGGGCUCACAAAUCUAAAAAAGAAAUGUAAAAUAGACCCCAGCAACAGCCACUGGAAGGAUGCUGUGCUGGGGAUGGACAGGGCCAGUUGCAGAUUCAUAUCACAGGAGGAAGGCACAGCCAACUUGCCUUCCCCAUGGAACAUGGGCAGAACUCAGGGUUGCCAACUCACCUGACAAAAUCUGCCCUGUCUUGCUCUUGUGCCUUUUACGGGGGUUUGCGAUGCAAAAAUCCCUUGGGAUCCAUGACCACUCCUCAUAAAUGUCAUAUACUUCUACAAAGAUGAUGCAUCAAUUACUCAGUCAAGCAUGAAGUAGUCCACCUGGCGCUUUGAACCUAGGUCCAGAUAUGGAUCUCCAGGGCAAUGUGUCUGGUUUUGUUUUGUUUUGUUAGUGGGGGGUGGAUUUCCACAAGGGGUGCUGAUUUAAAAGCUAAUCCACCAAAAGAGUUAGAAGGAUAGAGCAGGCCAGCUAGAACUGGAAUUCAAGAGGUGAAUAAUGUUUUUUUGCAGGGGGCGUGGGGGGACAGGAUAAGGAGAUAUCCACACCACCCUUCUUCACCUACUCCACCCCCGACUCGUCUGUUGUGCCUUAAUCCAUGUCAUAAUAACAUUAGUGCCUAAUUUAUUGGUGGGGGAGGGUCAGGAAUGCCACCUGCUUUUCGGUGCCAGCUCCUGUGCCUUGGUUGGCAGCCUAAACUUCUGCAUGUCAUUGUCAGGAUUCUGUUUAAAAGACAGGAUCAGGGCUGUUUGAACCCAAGUUGAUCGGACCAGCGUGUAGUCAUUAGGAAGAGGGGUGGAGAAUAUAUAGAAACGAUGUCCAUAACAGAAUGUCAAGAUGUCUCAGGUUUUGGAAAGAGAGAGGUCCCAGGAUGGGAAGUAGCUUCCUUUGUUUUAUUUCUUAAACUCGGUGGUGAAGGGAUGCAGCCCCAGAGCAGCCGGAGGCUGUUAUUCUUACCUUAUUCUUCGGCAUGUAGGAUUCGGCUCUCCGAUUCUGUGUUUUAAUGAUAGGAGCUGAGCCCUGGAACUGGUGAAGCAAGAAUAUAGCAAGGCCUCUGAGCAUGUGCAAAAUACCUUCCCCUUGCACUAAGGAACCAUCGCUUGCCCUCAUACAGUUUAGAUUGCAGGGGAAGGGAUGGCAAACUGACGUCCAGCCUGAGCAGUGGGUUAUCUUCUGGGCAGGAUUAAACCCCAGAGCCCAUUUUCUCUUCCCCCACCCCCACCCCAUGCAGUGUUAAUGCCCCUUAGAGAAGAAUUCCAUAACAAGCUUGGGUCCUCGCCCCAGAGGUUAUUGGUCUAUGGCUCCCAUCAUCCCCAGCCACAAUGGCUGAAAGCUGGGAAUGAUGGGAGUUGUAGUCCAGCAACAUCUGGGGGCCCGAAUUUGAGAACCCCUUCCUUAUAUGUUUCCCUGUCCCACCCAACAGAAAAUUUUGCAUGGGAUAUUGGUCUGCCUGUGUGCCUGUCCAUCCUUCAGUUCUGAGUAUUUCAAGCAACUUUGAGCUCCCUCCGUGAUUUAAAUAUAACUGGUUCUCUGUUGGGCACCUCAAUGAGGACUAGGUGAAUAGAACAACAGAUGGAAUCCCAGACCACAGCCUGUAAGUGGAGGAGAUUCAACUGGUGCAGGGAGAGGCUUCACCCGUGAGAUGCCUGGCUUUUGUGCAGCUGUCAACAGCAGCCUUGAAUAAUUUAAUAAACCCACCUCACAGGGUUGUUGUGAGGCUAAAUAGGAUGAUAAAAACGAAGAUGACGAUCUAAGAUGAAUCCAUGGGCCUGGAUGAUGCCAACAGAGGCAGGGGUAGAAUGCUGUAGAUUUAAAAUGGAAGAUAUCUUUUUAUUUUAUUUGUAUUAUUAUUGUUUUUGCAUUUUUAUUCUGCUCUUCCUCCAAGGAGCCCAGAGCAGUGUACAUGGUUAUGUUUAUCCUCCUAAUGGUGAGGUAGGUUAGGCUGAGAGAUACGUGACUCGUCCAGAGUCAUCCAGUGAGUUUCAUGGCUGAAUGGGGAUUUUAACUCGGGUCUCCCCAUUCCUAGUCCCUCACUCUUAUCCACUAUGCCAGAUUCCAAAAAGCUGAAAUGUGUCAAAGAGAGAAAUGAGAGACAUUAUAGUCAGGCAGCAAAGAUCUUGUUUUCAUUGAUUCCCUGUUCAUACUGGCAGAUGCUGAAUAAAUAAAUAAAUUUGUUUUGGAAAAUAAAAUAAAAUAAACUUGAAUAUUGUUUCUUU